GUGACCUUGUUCACUGCUUGAAGGCCACGACUCAUCUCGAACAUAUGCCUUCGCUGCCAUCAUUAGAGGCCUUUGCCAAGGGAACCGCCGCUACCGUAGCUGGUGUUGCAACGCUAGGCUGCGGACUACUAUAUUACGGACAAAAUUAUCUCAUUUACCCAUCCGCAUUCCCCCCGGGCUCUCGCAUAGAGGUCCCGGUGCCCACGGAUUUUGGACUUGAAUACCAGGAUUUACCCCUUGUCACUGAAGAUAGGUUUACUUUACGGUGCUAUCUUCUCAUGCAACGGACAGAGAUAAGCAACAGCCACGCUGCACACAUCGAUUACCCAGACCAACAGACGCAUGAAGAGUUUGCAUCCACCCGACCGACAGUUUUGAUGUUCCACGGUAAUGGCGGCAAUCACGGUCACCGGAUACCUCUCGCAAAAGUAUUCUACGUCAAAAUGCGCUGCAAUGUACUCAUGCUCUCAUACCGCGGGUGCGCCCUCUGUCUUUCGCAAUCCAGUCUAUUGGGGAAUCCCUUACUCAUUCUUACCAACAGAUAUGGUCAUUCAGAGGGUUCUCCAUCAGAAUCAGGCAUACGUAUAGAUGCUCAAACGGCCCUCGACUAUCUUGCUUCGCACCCAUAUUUGAAAAACACUCCCGUCAUCCUUUACGGUCAGUCUAUUGGUGGUGCUGUCGCUAUUGACCUUGCAAGUCGAAAUCCAUCAAAGAUCACGGCGCUAAUCCUGGAGAACACAUUCACGAACCUCCCACGUCUCGUACCUAAAGUUCUUCCUCUUCUUAGCCCUCUUUCGUUUCUUUGCCAUCAAAAAUGGGACUCGGCUUCGAAAAUACCUCUAAUACCUCGGUCGAUGCCGAUCUUAAUGCUGAGCGGUGUUAGAGAUGAGGUUGUUCCACGCGAGCACAUGCAAGAGUUAUGGCAGAUUGUUUCGCGGCGCCAGGGUACCAAAUCUAGUGACACAGGAAACAAAUCUGACAUACCCGAAGUCGGUAAUGGGAAAUCGAGAUUCCUUGAAUUUGAAGGAGGACACCAUAAUGAUACUUUGAGCCGUUAGAAGCCCCUAACGCGGUGCUUCUUCUAUCUGAAUCCAUACGAAGUGACAUCAUGAUCACGGCGUUGGACUUUUUCUUCUUCUUUCUGUGUGUUCACACAUUCCUU